UGGUGCAGAAGGAGAGAAAAUAACUGAUUUUAGAAGUAAUGCUGGGGUCUUAGGGGUCCUAGGACCCCUAGGACCUGAUCCUGCCACUUCUGAAGGCCAGCGCAGGAUAUUUAGGAAUGUCAACUUAAGAUCAAGUCCUUAAUCCUUCUCACCUAUGUUUUACUGUGCUGCCUUCUGAAAAUCACAUGAACAAACUUUUGGGCUCUCAAGAAGCUGAUUAUUUCUAUUGGUUGUUGCUGCUUCCAGCACGGUGGAGAACAGCAAUCUGGGGUCCAACUCCAGGGCUGCAAUCCUCCAAGAGAACAACUUGUUUUCCUCUGUGCAGAAAGUCAAAUACAGUCAAGAUAUAGAAACAUCAGAUUCAGCAUCAAACUCCUCUCUCUAGAGAAGUCAUAGUAACUUGGGCACACUUGAACAAAAGUCCUGUUGCCUGAAGCUAAUGGAAUGCAAUAUGCAACAACGGUCUGAAGAUCUGUAUUGCAGCGCCCCGUUGGUUGAUCGCUGACUGAAGUGGAAGAAAGUUAAGACUUACCUUCUUUACCACAAAACGCAGGUGGUAACAUGAAAAGGGUGUUUCAAAGAUGACCGCAUUGUCUUCUGGACUUGGAUGUUUUCAACAUAUUUUAUGGAGAAAUGGGCCCCCAGGCAAGAUGAUAUGCUCUUUUAUGUCCGUCGAAAACUGUCCUAUGUCAGUGGUGAUAGUACAGAGGGGAAAAAGCAGGUUGAAGUUGAGGUUUACCGGAGAGAUUCCAAGAAGCUUCCUGGCCUGGGAGACCCCGACAUUGACUGGGAAGAGAGCGUCUACUUGAACCUCAUUCUACAAAAGCUGGAUUAUGUGGUGACUUGUGCUGUGUGCACACGAUCGGAUGGAGGAGAUAUUCACAUUCACAAAAAGAAAUCUCAGCAAGUGUUUGCGUCUCCUAGCAAGCACCCAAUGGACAGCAAAGGAGAAGAGUCAAAGAUAAGCUACCCCAACAUAUUCUUCAUGAUUGACAGUUUUGAAGAGGUUUUCAGUGACAUGACUGUGGGAGAAGGAGAAAUGGUCUGUGUGGAGCUGGUGGCCAGUGACAAAAGCAACACCUUCCAAGGGGUGAUUUUUCAGGGGUCCAUCCGCUAUGAAGCACUCAAGAAAGUCUAUGACAACAGGGUGAGCGUUGCAGCUAAAAUGGCUCAAAGGAUGUCUUUUGGCUUUUAUAAGUAUAACAACAUGGAGUUUGUCCGAAUGAAAGGACCGCAAGGGAAAGGACACGCAGAGAUGGCAGUGAGUAGAGUUUCUACUGGUGACACUUCGCCAUAUGGGACAGAGGAAGAUUCAAAUCCAGAAUCCCCAGUGCAUGAGAGAGUCACUUCUUUCAGCACACCACCAACCCCAGAAAGGAACAAUCGCCCAUCCUUUUUCUCCCCAUCCCUCAAGAGAAAAGUGCCCCGAAAUCGAAUUGCUGAAAUGAAGAAAUCCCACUCAGCAAAUGACAGUGAGGAAUUCUUCAGAGAUGAUGAUGGUGGAGAUCUGCACAAUGCAACAAAUCUGAGGUCGCGAUCCUUAUCUGGAACAGGACGGUCUCUGGUUGGCUCAUGGCUCAAGCUAAACAGAACAGAUGAAAAUUUUCUACUCUAUGCACACUUAACUUACAUCACUUUGCCAUUGCAUCGAAUUUUAACGGAUAUCCUGGAAGUGCGGCAGAAACCAAUUCUGAUGACAUAGCAGAGAGCGGGGCACUGCCUUGGAGCCUUGUUGCCAAGUGCCUAACCACAGCGGUUUUCUGUGAUAGCACUACCAUCUAGUGUCAGGAACACGAACCUCCACAGGAAAAAGGGAAGUCAAAGAAUACCAGCCAAACAAAAGUGCCUCUUUCUUCCUUCCUCUGCUGUCAUACACCGUCUGCACACUUGCAGUACAUCACUUCAGUGUUUCUGACUGGAAGAGGACUUUCAGAAAAACAAAACAAGAAGGGGCUGUGUUUAAAACGAAUCGAUGCUUUAUGAACAGUUUGUUACUGUGUUUACUUUAUAACUAAGAAACCAACAACAUGUACAGAAUGUGUUGAACUUUAUAUUCUUUGAGGGAAACAACUUGAGAAUUUCGUAAUGAUGUGCUAAUGAACAUCGUUCCACAGACUCCUGCCCGUACUCUCCUUGUUGGAUUGGCUUAAUGUGCGUGUGGGCGCGCGUGUGCGUGCAUGUUGGGAUUAAAGGGAUGAGAGAAUAGUUUACUACUGUGGAAGGUAAAGGAAAAAGAUGCUACAAAGAUACAUUGCCAUUUUGGUACGUGCAGUGGGUCAGGCUGGAGCUUAAAACGUGCUUAAAAUGUUCCCAUUUGUUUGUAUGUCAGUGUUAGUAGGACAGGUGAACUCUGCUGACAGAUUUCUGUAUCUACCAAAGAACAGCAACAUUUUCAUCCUCAAGAACUGUCUAAGAAAAUGAGCCAAUGGGAAGACGGCUAAAAUGUGCUGCUAUAGUAAAGCUGAGGUUCAUAUCCCGUACUACUGCUGCUUAUCUCUGUUAGUUGAGUCGAUCUGAGCUGAAAUCUAAAGUGGAAAAGCAGGAGGCUGUAACUGAACUCAAAAAACUAAAAACCUUGCCAAUUACCAACAUCUUCCUGCAUGCACAGGAUAUCAGAGUAAGUAAAGGUGUCCUUCCAGUAAUGUUUGUAGCUAAGGAGGGCACGAGAGCUGAUUAACGUUUGGGCAACUUUCCCAGAUGCUUCAUUUCCUGGGGACGCUUCUCUGUACUGUUAUGUGCUGAAGCACAAAGGGUUUUCUUUAAAGACAAAAGAUUUAAAUGGGAUUCGGCUCUGAAAAGUGACUAAAAAUAGCAUAAUGGGAGGUUUGGAAUUGUGUGUCAGGAGCUCUCAGGCGAAAAAUGUUUACAGUAGGUAAAAUGCAGUUCUCUCUAAAUAGUGGGACUCUGCUGUCCUUGACAUCUGAAAGCUAAAUACUGAAUAAGUACAGAGACUGCUGCGAUCUGACUAACUGUAUUGAUAUGGGAGCCUGUCAAUACUUCAGUUUAUUUACAAGUGCUUAAGUGGCACAGCAAAGGGUAGGGUAGCAUGUCACUUAGGGCAUGUGAGGCUCUAAUAUACGCACAAAGGCGACCUGUGGAGGGAGUGAAGAUGCAAUUUUUGUCACUUUUCAGAUUGUUAGCACCUAAGCUCUACCCUGGCACCACAGUUACCAAGAUGGCAUGUGCUCUGAGCCUGGAUCUUUUGUAUCCCUUAUACCCAACCACUUCCAAAGUGCUUUGUUAUAAUUCUCUCCAUAGCAUCUCGUGGCUUAACCUCUCAAAUAGGACUUUCUGCUUUUUUCUUCUGGCCAGGUUCCAGGAAAUAGCUUCACUUCAGCAUAAAGGUAGGCUAACUUUAUCAUUCAGCCCAGCAUGAUGAAUCCAGAAUGGUAAGGAGGUCUUUUUUUUAAUUUGAGGUUAGGCCUGGAAGCAGUCGCCAUCAUGCAGAGUAAUGGCAUUUCUUACACUGGCAGCAUGAGUGCGUGACAGGGACAGCGGACCAGUUUUUAGCUUGCUUCAGAUAAGUUUGCAGCAGCACUAGAAAAGUGUUCUCUUUGGCCUUACCAGCACAGCGGCUGUUCACGUGGCAGACUUUGCACUUUGCUCCUUGGGGAGCAUGUGUGCGUGUUGCGCUGUCUAACUUGAGGCAUGUAAUUUGGGUGCCUAGGCUUCCUACCGAAUCCAGGGAGAGAGAGGUUGAAUACUAAAUCAGAGCUGAAGUGCCCUCUCAGGAAACCGUAGAGACAGUCUAAGGGCUUACCUGAGAUCCUAGGUAAUAUGUUCAAUGUCAGACAGUACAAAUACUCUCCCUGUGUACUCCCUCUCCCAGUGUCCAUGCCAAGGAUUAAACCAAUGUUCAGCUAGAAGAUGACCCUUUUCCAGUCCUACUCUUAGCCGGUCACUUUCUGCACUUUGAUACUGCUGGGCUGAGCAAAUCAUUGCAGUUUUCCUUUACGUAUUCAUUGGGGAGGGAAGGGAGAGAAGUUAAUAUUUUCACUACUACUAGCAAUUGAUACUUUUUAGUCAAGGAGCCAGAGGAAUAGCAAACAUAAAAAGGAAAUAUAUCCAAAUCAGAGCCUGAGCAAUAGGAACUUGAAUACUGUUCCAUCUACAGCAGUGAUUUUUUUUUUUAAUGCUUUCUUGGUGUCCACACAAGUAAGUUUAGGUAGCUUGAUUUCCUGUGAUCUGAAAUCCUGACCAGAUUGUAUUGCAUAAGGCUUCAGAGUAAAUGGCAAAUGAAGAAAGAGUCCAAAAUAGUACGUUAUUGUAAAGGCAACAUUACAAAAAGUACAGUGCAAAUCCCGCAUCCGUUAUGCAGCAUGUUCUGUGCUCUGUUAUAUCUACAUGGAUGAAUUUUGGUGAUGUCUAGUUUUGGAAGGGCUGUGAUAUAAGAGGCCUAAAGAGAGUUAGUUGAUUUAUUUUAUCUUGCUAUGGAUACCUUGCAGCCUCACUUCAUUUAGUAGAAAUGGGCUGGCUACCAGUAUGCCCAGAUGGACAUCCAUAGGAAGUAAGAGAUCAGGAAGUCUACUGAAUGUCAAUAGUGCUUUUAAGAAGUAAGUAGAUGUACCAGAUUCCCAGAUAUCUCCUCUCUAAACAGCUGAAAUAGAUACUUUUAGUUAUCGCCCCUAUUGAUCGCUUCUGUUAUCAAGUGUAAAAAAAAAAAAAAAAAAGUUUUGUUUUACUUUUA